CUCCUUUAAAUGUGCUUUAUCACGCCGAUAGGAAAUACAGGUGGAACUUCUUUCUAAUAUCUGAAGGUUUGAAUACACCAGUGGCGCCAGCUGCAACACAGUUCAGUAGUUUUAUCCGACCGCAUGACCGUAUAGGCACCUCUUUAGGGAGACUUUUCCAUACGCUGCUAUUGUCCUAGCCAGCUACCUCAAGCAGAUAGGACACCGGAAGGACUCUCGGAAGCGCUGACAUUCGCGAGCACCCGCCCGCCCCAGUCCAUGUAUGCCCCAGUCCAUGCCUACUAUCCUGCUUUUGGACCUCCACCACCACCACCUCCAAGGAGAGCCACGAACGAUUCGGUGGAGGUGUCCUCUCCUCAGGAAAGUAGAGCUGCGAGUCCUGCGGAGACGGGGCCUGCUUCGACCGGUCGUAACUCAGUGCAUCACCAGCCAUCUAGCAAACAGCACAAAGGAGGAUCGCAAUGCAGCAAAGCAUGUUCAUGUUGCAAGCAGCUGAGCCAACUGGAGGGACGCGUCUCCAAAGUGGAGACCGAGACGCAGGCCUCGCUAAAGUCCAUUGCGGCGGACGUCGCCAAGCUCCGCAAGGAGCGGGAGACUGCAUGGAAGCAUGUUAGCGAGCUACAGGAGCAAAAUCGCUUGAUGCGGCAGCGGCAGCGCGACUUGGAAGAGCAGAACAACUUGCUCAAUCGCUUAUUGCAGGAGAAGAUGGAGCGCGCCACUGAAAACAUUGUGGUGCCGUCUCGUUAUUCAAGUGAGCCGGCCAUGCUGCGCCCACCGCUGGUAGCGCUGCAGCUAAACCAGCCAUCGGUGGUGAUGAGCAUGCCGAAGGUGCCGCACAUGGGCACGGAGAUCUGGUGAUGCUUCAAAGUACGGAACUAUUACCUUUAGUUAGCUUUAGAAUGCCGGUAAGCCGUCAAGGCUUCACGUAGAACGUUAUGCUACUGCAUUCGUAGCCGCUAGCGUCUAGAUUGUAGAAGUAAUGCAUGCAUUGAUGGGCCCUCCGUAUAGAAGGCGUGUACGCGGCGACGUGUGUAGCCCAAUCAAUUAGCUUUUGAGUGUGUACGCUGCCGCGUGGCAUGCCAACCACUCCACUGCACUAUGUAGACCCAUAGGCCAUAGCUGUGGGAUCCUGGACAGGCGUGUGUCCUUCCUGCGCGACCUAGAGCGUUAUUUUUAUUCUUGUAUAGACUGCAGCGGUGGACGAGGGGCGGCGAUAGCGCUGCCCUGUAUGGCGAUAGCGCCAAUAGCUUAAACUGGGGGCUGGACGUUCGACUAGGAACAUGACGUUGAUGCGGGGAACCAGGGGACUUGAUGCAGGAGACCAAGAUUACACAGUGUCGUUUACCACUUGAGGUCUCUGUUACAUGUGUCACGCGUGUAUAACUGUAUUUAGAACUAUCGACGAUACGCGACUUGUGA